AUGGAGCUGGGCGCCGACGGCUUUGAGCAGAAGCUGCCCCUGCUGGAGGAGCUCAUUUUGGGUGCCGACUUUCUGGGUUUGGACAUAGAAUUUACAGGCUUGAGGUCCAUCUUUCCGAAAGGCCAGCAAACAAGUCUCUUUGACUCACCAGCAGAGUGGUAUCUAAAGACCAAGCGAAGCAUUCAGCAGUUUACAGUGUGUCAAAUUGGAUUAUCAAUGUUUUCAAGUAUGGGAAAAAAGUCAAACAAGUAUAUAGCUCAUUCAUAUAACUUCUUCCUCUUCCCUACCACACUUGGAAUUAUGGAUUCAGAGUUCUCCUUCCAGGCCUCUAGUAUUCUAUUUUUGAAUCAAUAUGGUUUCGAUUAUAAUAAGUUCCUCAAAAAUGGGAUCCCAUAUAUGAAUGAAGAACAGGAGAAGAAAAUUAAGCAAGACCUUCUAGCAGGGAAUUGGAAAGUUCGUAGUACAUUAGACAAAGACCAAAUGAAGGUGGUGAUUGAUGAGGUAACUCGCUGGUUGGAGAUGGCCCAAGAAGGAGAUUGGAUGACUCUUCCUGAUAUAACUGGGUUCCAGGCUUUUGAGGUUCAGUUGGUACUGAGGCAGGCUCUCCCCACGGUUUGGACCCUGAUAAAAGACAAAGGGGUGCUAGUAAAGAAAGUGAGCAGGCAGUACCGUUGGUGUCUAGAGAACUCCUCUCAUGACCAUGAUGACUGCAGGAGGGAGAAGAUUCUCCUCUCGGCUCGGGGUUUUGCUGUCUUUUUCCAGAUGCUGGUAAAAGCCAAAAAGCCUUUGGUGGGACAUAACAUGAUGAUGGACCUUCUGCACCUUCAUGAAAAGUUCUACAGACCCCUCCCAGAAUCCUAUGAGCAGUUUAAGCUGAACAUCCAUGGCUUGUUUCCUGUCCUCAUAGAUACCAAGAAUGUGACAAAAGAGAUUUGGAAGGAACUAAGUUUCCCGAGAGCUUCAAAUCUUUUGGAAGUUUAUGAAGUCCUAAACAGUGACCUAAAUCCUACCAAGAAUUCUUGUCCAGUGAUCAUCCAUGCAAGCGAGUGUAUCAAAUAUGUUGAGACCAAAUACCCUCAUGAAGCAGCUUAUGACGCCUUUCUUUGUGGAUCAGUUCUCUUGAAGGUGGCACACUUACUACUAUAUAGAUCAAGUGGACUAGAGCCCACGUUCCCUCAGUAUCUUGAUGUGCUGGCUCCCUAUGUGAACCAGGUGAACCUUAUCCGCGCAUAUAUCUCUAAAAUUAAUUUCUCUGGCCCAGAUUCCCCCAGGAACCGGCCACCCACCCUCAUCCUCAAAGUCAAGAGGUGGCCUGGGGUAGAUGAAGAGCAGGUCUAUUAUGAAUUCAAAGACCUCUGCAAAUUCGACGUCCGGCGAUUCACCCACAACCAGUUUCUGCUUAUGACCAACAAGUUCAAGGAUGUCCGGAUUGUGUUGCAAGAAUACAGGUAUCACCCUGACCUGCAAGUGACCCUGUACCGAUACUGGAGGCAUUCACCUAAUAUCAACUGCCUACUACAAAUCUGUGGUGUUGUUACUGCUUGGGCCUUUCUGGCUUUUAUGCUUGGAGGAUCUCCAUCGCGCAUACAGUGAAGUCUUCAGGAACUGUUACCCCAUCUCAGCUUUGCCCUUGGAAGGCCAUUCUGCAUGACUUGGCUCUUAAGAGUAUUGUAAGAUGGGCUUGUGAAAUCUUUACUAGGUUUCUUUUCCUACCCCACAUCUU